CACAGAUCGACGCGAUGGCGGCUGCUUUGGACUUCCCCAAAUUCCUUCAAAAUGCAACUGAAAUUUGGAGAAGUCAGUCUUCAAAAGAAAAGUAUUGCAUUCAGAAUGCAUAUGAACUUGACAAGGAUGUUAUCUGCCUAGGAAUGAAAAUAAUUGAUUGGAGAAAUUCCACUGUAGACCAUUGCAUUGAAAGCAUCCAGGGAUGUCUGAAAUCCUCAAGGUCAGACUCAAAGUCAGCCUCAUCUGCUGAAGACAGCAGACAAAAGGGUAACCAGCUUUUCCAGAAGAGGAAUUACAGAGGGGCUUUGGAGUGUUACACUAAGAGUGUUCAGGUUGCUCCUCACGAUGGAAAGGAUACACUGGCUCUCGCUCACGCAAAUCGGUCUGCUGCCCUCUUUCACCUCGGGCGUUACAAGGCUUCUAUCCAAGAUAUUGAUGAGGCUUUAACUCGAGGAUACCCAACCAACAAGCACGUCAAGGUGCUCCAACGGAAAGGACAGUGCUUCCUAAAAUUACACAACCUUUCAGAAGCAGAGGAAGAGUUUUCAAAAGCACUGCGAUGCCUCGAUAGUAUCACUGGGGAAGACAAGAAAAGACGAGAGAUAAAGAUUUUGCUACAAGAGAGCAGUAAUCCUACCUCUGUUAGUUUUGGAGACCAGUUGGAUAUACCAGAUGAAGACAUCAAAGAGAAGUCUUCCAUGUUAGCAAAUGCAUCAUCAGCAGUCACAUGUAAACAUCAGGAAGGGAAUGGUAGAUUUCUAGAGGCAACUAGAGACAUAGCUGCAGGUGAGCUUCUCAUCAAAGAGAAGCCGUAUGCAGCCAUUAUCUUGAAAGAAGAAGAAAGCUCUCACUGCCAUCACUGUUUUGAACAAUGUUCGCCAAUCCCGUGUCCUAACUGUAUCCAUGCCAGAUACUGUUCUUCAAGGUGCAGAUCGGAUAGCCUGACUCAGUACCACUCUAUCGAGUGUGGGACCGAGCAGCUUCUGCAACAGGUGAGCGUGUUCAGCCGACUGAGUCUGCGUAUCCUCAUCACCGCCGGAAGAGAAGAACUAUCCAAUGACAUCCGCAAACCCAAGACAUCGUCUUCCCAACCAUCAUCAUCAUCGACAUCAACUUCUUUGACCACUGCUAAGGGUUCCUCAUCGGGCUACCUCGACGGUGGCCUGGUCAACUACGAGUCCAUCGUCGGUCUUGAGGCACACUGGUUCAAUCAUUCACAUGAAGAACUCAUACAAUAUACUGUGACUUCCAUCUUACUUGCAAAGUGCUUCUACCGGGAACUUGUCUCGCUCAAAACUUGUGAAACACUCUCGGAAGAGGAGCUCAUCGCAGAGAUCGCAUCCCUUCUUCUGCUUCACACCAGACAACUGAAAUCAAACUCCCAUGCCAUCACUGAGGUACGGCCAAGUGAGGGAGAAAACACAGCAGGAAAAUCAGCAGGUGGUACUGUAGAGGAGAUUUCGCAGUUUCGCGUAGCAACGGCUGUCUAUCCCACAGUGAGCAUGAUGAACCAUGCUUGUAUACCUAAUAUCAUCCCCAGUUUUAGGAAGGGUAUCCUCUGUGUUCGAGCAACUAAGAAGAUCAUGCAUGGUGAUGAGAUACAACAUUGCUAUGGUCCGCAGGUUGGUCACAUGACAACGUCGGAUAGGCAGCAGGCCCUCCUCAAUCAGUACUGCUUCACGUGCCGUUGCCGGGCUUGCACACGCGACCCCAAAUCUCGCGACAACUUGUGCAUGAAAUGCCCAAAAUGCGGCCAGCCAUUGAACGCCAUGACAUCAAUUUGUGGAAAAUGUGCAGUUUGGAUUGAUGUGUUGGUUUUAUUAAAGGAGGUGGACGAUACUAUGAUAACAUUCGCUGAACUGGUGGAGAUGUAUCCUGCAGCUGUGAAGGACGUCACAUUAAUGAGGGACGUUAUAUCCAAGACAAAAACCUGCCAUGAUGUGUUGGAUCGUAUCCUCAUACCUCCUCACAUGCAUCUAGCGGUGGCUUACAACUUUAUGGCCAAAUGUCAUAUCGCGUUACAAGAAUUUAAGGAGGCGGCUCCGUGGUUAGCGAAGGCCAUCCCGACGAUUGAAUGCCGGUUCGGCAGGGACUCCAUAGAGGUGGCCAAUGAACUGUACAAGCUGGCCCAGAUAUACUUCAAUGGUAAGGAAAUCGCUCCAGCAAUGGAAGCCAUCGACAGAGCCCUGGAACUGUUUAUUCGUCACUAUGGCAACAGCAAUGAAGAGGUUUUGGUACUAAUGAAGAUGAAGGCUUGUCUGAUGAACGCCUGACCUAGCACUCCUCUGUAUGGAUGAUUGAGAUCGACAACAAGAGAGGGUUUUAUCUUUGGCUGCAACAGAUUAUUUUGCGCUGAAAGCCAGAAGGGUUUAAAUUGUAUGCUGUGAGCCACAAGGGUGUACCGGUAACCUAACAUUAUUUGAAAUUGAGUUAGUUCCCUCCUGUCUCUCAUGAUAUAAGGUUCAUAAAUUGAAAGUAGCUAUUUAUGAAAUGAAUAUGAAUUAGCCCUAUAAAAUCUGGAGGUGUAUAUGAGUUGCGAGAGGCAACAUUAUGGGGUUAAAAGAAAUACAACAAAUAGUUUGUACAUACAUGUAUACACACCGAUCUGUGUGUGAUCUCAUGUAUGCAGGUAUCUGAUGAUCACCACGCUUAUCUACGUAAUCAUGCCACUGCAGAUUAUCUGGAGCGGUUUAUUGGCUCAUGUGGGAGUAAGGUUUAUGAUUACUCCCAAAUCAAGAAUAUAUCACCAAUCUAAAUCAUUGCACGUAUUUCAAUCGUCUAUCAUUCACAAAGCUCACAAGUAAAUGCCUACGAUUUCGUCGAAGGGUAGGGAGUAAUGAGCGAAAGACAUGAUUCCUUUUUUUUAGUCAAAGUUAAAGAGGAGACACUCUUCUGUGCCCCAGCCUUUGCGGGGAGUCAUUUCUGUUUAACCCUUGUAUUGUUCCAUCAAAUCUAAACUUCCCCUGCAGAGGAUUGUUAAAAGAGUGUUUAAGGUAUUAAAGCCCCACUGCACUACUUAUAGGUGUGUUGGCUCAGUCAGUAGAGCGUCCGCCUCACAACCGGGAGGCCG